GUAAAUUUAUGAUAACAGUAUUAUCACUUACAUCACCAGGUUCAUUAACUUUUAUUAUUAGAAACAUAUAUUUUAUUUUUAAUUUGAAUCCUGACUCAUUAUCAUUACAACAGGAUUUUUUUUCGGCCUAUCAGAAAGAGCCACAAAAGAAUCAUACAGAUACAGAUAGCAGUGUCAAAAAGUCAAAAUGGAGAAGCCGGUUCGAAUUUCAAAAUCAAUUAUUUAGGUUAUGUAAUUUUUCAAAUUAGGAAGUUUAAUUUAAAUUUUUACAGUGAAUAAAUACUAAAAAAUAAUGCAAAAAUGAAUUUAGUAAUCUGGCUUUUAUUGAUUGUGGCUCCAAUUGUUACAUUUCAAUCGAUUGCCACCAAUCGGAAAACAUUGUUCAGAAACCUAUUUCGUAUGCGGAGAAGUGAACAGACCAUUGCUUUGAAAACCAUAAAAAAGAUUGAUAAUGAACCAAAGCAAAAGAAGAUGAUAUCCGCCGUAUUGGAUAAAAUAUUUGAUAUGGUAAUGAAAAACAAAGAUACUAUAGUCAAAUCGGAAUUUGUUCCUGGAAUUAGUCCCUUCCCGGGUAUAGAUGACGAAGAAGUGAGAGACGCACUAUUCACCCUGAUGACGAAUACAGCGUUUGUGGGGGAUAUCCUGCUGCAGUUGCCUGAAUUAUCGCAGCCUAUACUCAACUCACAAAAAGAAUGGAGCAGCUUACUGCAGUGGAGCAUCGAAUUUGCAAAUAAGACAAAUCUGUUGGAUGAGCCAACUUCUAAACUCAUGAAAUUGGUUGGUCAAGAAAUGAACUACACUGUAAGAAGCGAAAACUACUUAAAUCCUUUCAAAAAACAGAAGUCAACAACUGAGAAACCAAUAGCUUUUGGCAGUGAACAAAAAAAGAAAAAGAAAAAAGUAAAGAGUAUUCCCAGAGGACCACGAUUGAGUCCGAAUUUUGAGUUGUAAAAAUAUCAAGUUUUGUACCAAUAAAAUCGCCAUUUUCACCCCACCGAA